AUGCCAGCAGGCUUCUGCACAUGCUCAGUGUGUUCCCCCAUCAUCUCAUCACGCAAAAUCAAACGGAGCUCGCGCAUCUGCAACACCUGAAGACGCGCUCUCGCCUCUCGCGUCCCCUCAGCGUCUUCUGGGCGUCCGUGCUGUCGCGUCGCGGUUCUCCACGCGAGCGGGUCGAGUCCUGUUUAAAUGUGUGUGUAAGCGGACAGUGCUGGAAUCAGGAGCCGAGGGACAUCAUCAUGUCGUGGGCACUGGAGGGAUUUCUCUGAAAGCUGCUUUUGAUUAUGGAGUUCAACACCUCAUCCGUAUUUGAGCAGCACAAAGAAGCUGCGGAGGAGGUUGAUCUGAAUGUGGUGUACCAGGCGGCAGCGAACGGAGACGUCAACACACUGACCGCCACCAUCAGAGAAGACCCCUCCAUCCUCGAGUGCUGCGACGGGGAAGGCUCCACGCCGCUGAUGCAUGCUGUGUCUGGGAGACAGGUGGAUACGGUCAAACUGCUGCUGAAGAUGGGAGCUUCUAUUAAUACACAAGACGCCUGUGGACGGACCUCCCUCUCUCUAGCCACAUACCUUGGUUGGCUGGAAGGCUGUGUGUGUUUGCUUCGGAACGGGGCAAAGCAGAACAUUCCCGAUAAGAACGGACGUUUGCCAAUUCAUGCUGCUACUGCUGAAACUGACUUCAGGCUCAUGGCUGUGCUGCUACAGCAGUCAACACUGUGUGAAAUCAAUCAUCAAGACAAUGAGGGAAUGACAGCUCUUCACUGGGCUUCUUUCCACAACCGCCCAGAGCAUGUGCAGGCCCUGCUGCAGAAAGGAGCCGACCCCACACUCGUGGACAAAGACUUUAAAACAGCGCUCCACUGGGCUGUGCAGAGUGGCAGCCAGUUAAUGUGUUCCCUCAUUCUUGACCAUAAUCUGGGCUCCUCUGUGAUCAAUUAUGAUGAUGAGAAUGGGAAGACCUGCGUUCACAUCGCCGCCGCAGCGGGAUUCAGCGACAUCAUCUAUGAACUGUCUCGAAUUCCUGAGACCAACUUGCAAGCUUUAGACGUGGAUGAACGGACCCCUCUCCACUGGGCCGCCGCAGCAGGUAAAGAUGACUGUGUGCAGGUUUUGUUGGAGCUGGGAGUGGAGCCCAACCCUCGAGAUAUUAACGAGAAUACGCCACUCACAUACGCCAUGUACUGUGGACAUACUGCAUGCAUCAAGCUCCUCUCCACUGAAAACAGGUCUGACUCAAGCAGGCCAAUGCAUGCCCAAAACAGUGACUCUUCUAUGCGCAAGGAGGGAAAAUUUCGCAUGCUAAAUCACAUCUUCUGCAAGAAGAAGAAAGAACUGCAUCCUUCUCAGCAGAUAGACUUGAGUCAAGAAUGCCAGCUCAGAGAAGAGACGUCUGAGGUCGAUGACAUCAUUACAAUGUUUGAUUGUGUUGUCGAACCGUUAGCCAGAGAUGAGAGUGAAAACAGCUCUACUGUCAGAAAGCGAAAUAAUGAGUCUGAGAAAGCCCACCUGAUUGAGGACACAUCCAGCAAAGACUUCCUAAGUCUCCCACCCAUACGCACACAGAGUCUUCCUCCGAUUACUCUCGGUAAGUCUUUGCUGGCAGACUCUCAGGCUUUGGCCCACAGGACCGGUGGAGGUCACGUGGUUGGACAUUUAGCGCACAGGUCGCAGAAGAGCAAAAGCGAGCAUGACCUGUUUGAUGGUAAACAUAAAGAUGAAAAAGCUGUGGGACUUGCAUGGAAGACCGAAUCCAGUCAGAUACUGACUCACAAAGCCUGGAUCUCAACUCCAUCUGAACGACUGCUUGACAAGCUCCUGCAGGGAACUUCGAGUCCUUUAGAUGUACUGUGCUCAAAUCACUCACCAUACAUACAAAGAAAUGACCACGCUCAAAAUCAUCUUUUCCCUCUGAGGGUUAGAGAAACUGCUCUCACACGAAACAGUCUUGCUCCCAUCCGUGACCACUGCACUCACAGAUUUUCUUUACCACCUGACCAGGUCUCGCAGGGAGUGAAGAAGUCCAAAUCCUCUCUAGGAGCGAGUCUGGCUGUACUUCCACCCCCGUUUGCAUCCAAACUGCACCGAUCCGGCAUUGCCCAAAGCCAGUCGCUCGGCUCCUUCCCGACUCCGCUGACAGGAGAACCUUUACGCAACAUUCAAGUUCUUCCAGCCAUUCCUCCGCAGAGAAAACGCAGCCCAUCUCCUCUCGCAACCCAGAGGCUACAGAAUCAUUCUGAGAGCAGAAACUGAUGAAAAUCUGCCUGACUUGAAUGACCAAUUAUACACUGUAAUACUGUUCAACUUUUCAUGGGUCAUCUGGAUUCAUUUCAAUCAUGAAGACACUGAAGAAUCACUGUUUGAUAAAAUUACUUAACAGGCUAUUUUUUCACACAAUUUUACAACUAUGAUCUUUUUCUAUGGUAUGCAUAUGGUUGAACUUUUAACUCUAACAUUCAAACAUGCUUUAAGCUUAUUGUUUAUUGUUCUUAUUAAUAAAGGAAAUUGUUGAACU